AUUGCAGGGUAUAUAGAACAACAUUUGUCCUCUAUAUAGGGCCUUGCAUUUGUCCCAGAAUGUCCCAACAUGUGUCCAACACAAUGUCCCAGAACAACAGGGACAUUGACUCACCUGUUAGGUUUCCACGUCCCGUCCAAUGCAUGGGGAUGGGAAGGAAACCAAGAAUGGCAGAGACGCGCCAAUACUCCCAUGUUGACCACUAUGGACGGGAAUCCAUCCACAUCCGAGGGCGCCGGUGAUGCCGCCGCCGCGGCGCCCCCCACGGACGCCCCUGAGGCGCCCGCAGCUCCCCUGGUGCUGAAGGAGCGCACUGUAGAGGAGCUGAUGCGCCUCCACUUCAGCUCUCCACGGACGAGGCUGGGCGCUGAGGGCCUGCGGUUGACCACGAUGGCGCUGCAGCUGUACGUGCGGGAGGCGGCACUGCGCGCCUCCGACCAGGCCCGGCUGACGGGAGCGCCGGAGGUCGGCCUCGAGCACCUGGAGAAGGUGCUGCCACAGUGGCUGAUGGACAUCUAGUGGGAGUGGUUGAUGGGCGUCCGAGUAUGGAAGAAGAAGCUGGGAUAGUGGAGUGGAUGACGCAUCUAGAGUACUCAGUCCGGUAGAAUGUGCUGGUUGCAAUGUUGCUCUGACUGAGAUGCCUGGUGUGAAGGAGCUGGAUCUGAAAGAAGUUCUGAAUGGCCCAAAACGCUGAAGACACGUGGUUUGAAACGAACGGCACGGUAUUUAAGCCGGUGGAGUCUAUUACCACAUGCCACCUCAUCCGAGUUUUGUCCGGAGGGAGGAGGAGCAUAAUGAGGACAGAUCAUUUUGCAUGCAUUUAUAACAUGCGACACUCAAGUCGGAGGUACUAAAAAUGUGUAAGAAUAUUGCAAGGUUUCUAAGUUGAGGUGCAGUCAUUGACCAUUGAUCGAACACAGGUGAGUUUAACACUCUAUUGUACUCUGUUGAAUAACUUGUAAAAUAUGCCAGCUGGUGACCUGUGACCGAAUACUCGAUCCAGCAAUAUGAUGCCAAAUUGUGUCUUCAUUUGCUUGUCGAUUUUAGCGUUGCAGUUUACACUAAAAAAAAAGUAUUCCCCGGUUUCUCAUAAGUUUAUGUGGCGUUAGCCGUUAACGAUUGCUUGUGUCUGUGGUGUUUCUGUAGGAACUGUGAGAUCACAUGACAUCACUAAUACAUCAGUCGCUCCGGUUCCCAAAUGACAUCACGUCAUGACGUACCUAAUCACAUCAUGAUGUCAUAACGUCAUGUGUAUAGUUGCGACCCGACCACGAAAUACAGCAGUGACCUGAAGGUUCUAUGUUCUCUGUCUCUGUGCAUUUAAAUCGAUGUCGGCGGUGCUGUUAGCCUUCAUUGCAGUGUCCGGUGUCAUUUUUAAAGGCGUGCUCCUCACGAGUUAGCCGGUGUCAGCGCGAUCAGUUGGCGGUAAUAUAAGGUGAAAUGGGGUUUAGCUAAUGGGGCCCAUUAGCUGAUCUGACCGGUGUGUGUUAACCAUUCGUGCUCUGCAUAUAGGCGCGUGAUUGUGCGUGAGCUAGAUAAUGUACACUGUGUAACGUUGGCUGUUGGUACGGUGUUGUCAGUGUGGAGCGCUCAUGUCCUUGUCACAUACACACACAUGGUUGUUCA